AUGGCUUAUGUAUGUGAGACAGUAUUCAGCCAGAAAAAGAUGAUGAUGGGGAUGAUUUGGAAUGGGGAGGCAGCCUUGCCAUUUAAUGCAUCAGUUGCCCUCAGUCGCUUCCCAUUUGGUGUCAUCCACUGUCUUGCUAAAGGUGCAGUCUGUCCCAUCGUCCCAGCCAUUGAUGAAGAUAGUAAACCAUCUCAAGCUCAUAACUGGCUGCCGGCUAAACCAGGUGGACGGGUGAAAUGUCAGUAUAUUUCUGCUGUGGAUAAAGUGAUCUUUGUGGACGAUUAUGCAGUAGGAUGUAGGAAAGAUCUCAAUGGCAUCUUACUGUUAGACACAGCUCUGCAAACACCUGUUUCAAAACAAGAUGACGUGGUUCAGCUUGAAUUGCCGGUUACAGAGGCUCAGCAGCUGUUAUCUGCUUGCAUAGAAAAAGUAGAUGUUUCUAGCACAGAGGGAUAUGACUUAUUCAUCACACAACUGAAGGAUGGUUUAAAAAAUACCUCACAUGAAACAGCAGCAAAUCAUAAAGUUGCAAAGUGGGCAACGGUUACGUUCCACCUUCCUCAUCAUGUUUUGAAGUCUGUCGCCAGUGCCAUAGUAAAUGAACUCAAGAAGAUAAAUCAAAAUAUUGCUGCCUUACCUGUAGCAUCCUCUGUGAUGGAUAGGUUAUCUUACCUCUUACCCAGCGCACGACCAGAACUUGGUGUGGGACCUGGUCGAUCUGUGGACAGGUCUUUGAUGUAUAGUGAAGCUAACAGACGGGAGACAUUCACUUCAUGGCCCCAUGUGGGUUAUAGGUGGGCACAGCCAGAUCCUAUGGCUCAAGCUGGGUUCUAUCACCAGCCUGCUUCAUCAGGAGAUGACAGAGCCAUGUGCUUUACAUGUAGUGUGUGUUUGGUGUGCUGGGAGCCUACAGAUGAACCUUGGUCUGAACAUGAGAGACAUUCCCCAAACUGCCCAUUUGUGAAGGGUGAGCACACUCAGAAUGUACCUCUUUCAGUCACACUGGCAACAAGUCCAGCACAGUUUCCCUGCACAGACGGCACGGACAGAAUAGCCUGCUUUGGGUCUGGAAGUUGCCCUCAUUUUCUAGCUGCUGCAACAAAACGAGGAAAGAUCUGCAUAUGGGAUGUUUCCAAACUUAUGAAGGUCCACUUAAAAUUUGAGAUCAAUGCAUACGAUCCAGCUAUUGUGCAACAACUUAUGUUAUCAGGAGAACAGAGCUCAGGGGUUGACUCAAGGAGACCAACAUUAGCAUGGCUAGAAGAUUCAUCUAGCUGCUCAGAUAUACCGAAAUUAGAAGGAGACAGUGAUGACCUACUGGAGGAUUCAGACAGUGAAGAGCAUUCCAGGUCGGAAUCUGUGACAGGGCAUACAUCACAAAAAGAAACUAUGGAAGUCAGCCUUGAUAUAACAGCUCUCAGCAUUCUUCAGCAACCUGAAAAACUUCAGUGGGAAAUUGUUGCAAAUGUUCUGGAAGACACGGUUAAGGAUCUAGAAGAACUUGGGGCAAAUCCCUGUUUGGCCAACUGUAAGAGUGAAAAGAUGAAGGAAAAACAUCUAGAACAACACAACAUUCCCUUUCCUUGUUUAUUAGCUGGAGGUCUAUUAACAUACAAAUCACCUGCUACCUCUCCUGUUAGCAGUAACUCUCAGAGGUCACUGGAUGGCUUAAGUAGGACUCGAGGUGAGAGUGUCUCGGAACAGGGAUCAACUGACAAUGAAUCCUGCACUAAUUCAGAACUGAAUUCCCCUCUGGUAAGGAGGACUUUACCUGUAUUGCUGCUGUACAGCAUUAAGGAGUCUGAUGAAAAAGCAGGAAAACUCUUUUCACAGAUGAACAAUAUUAUGAGUAAAAGUAUACACGAUGAUGGUUUCACAGUUCCACAGAUCAUUGAAAUGGAGCUGGACAGUCAGGAACAGUUACUCUUACAGGAUCCCCCUGUGACUUAUAUUCAGCAGUUUGCAGAUGCUGCAGCCAACCUAACUUCUCCGGACUCGGACAAGUGGAGCUCUAUGGUUCCCAAGCCUGGGACCUUGGUUCAGUGCCUGCGUCUGCCCAAGUUUGCAGAGGAGGAGAACCUGUGUGUAGAUUCAAUCACUCCUUGUGCAGAUGGAGUUCAUUUGUUAGUAGGACUGCGGACUUGUCCUGUUGAAUCUCUGAGUGCAAUAAAUCAAGUAGAGGCCUUGAAUAAUUUAAAUAAAUUAAACUCGGCACUAUGUAAUAGAAGGAAGGGGGAACUAGAAUCAAGUCUUGCUGUAGUGAAUGGCACGAGUAUUGAUGUAAUCCAACAUGAGACACCAGCAGAUGUACCAACUCCUUUAAUAAUUCAGCCUGAACAGAGAAGUGUUAGUGGUGGAUACCUAGUGCUUUAUAAGAUGAAUUAUGCCACUAGAAUAGUUACUCUAGAGGAGGAACCGGUAAAAAUCCAGCAUAUCAAAGACCCCCAAGACACAAUUACCUCAAUGAUUUUGCUCCCACCAGAUAUAUUGGAUAAUCGAGAGGAUGACUGUGAGGAGCCUGUAGAGGAAAUACAAUUAACUUCUAAAAAUGGCAGUGGGAGAGAGAGAAGAUCUGAGAUCUCUACUCUUGGGCACCUGGUAAUAACUACUCAGGGAGGAUAUGUAAAAAUACUAGAUCUUUCGAACUUUGAAAUUCUGGCCAAAGUGGAGCCACCUAAAAAAGAGGGCACUGAGGAACCAGAUAUGUUUGUCUCUGUGAUAUACUGUUCGGGCACAGACAGAUUAUGUGCAUGCACCAAAGGUGGAGAACUUCAUUUCCUUCAGAUUGGAGGAACCUGCGAUGACAUAGAUGAAGCUGACAUACUUGUAGAUGGAUCCCUUUCCAAAAGUGUAGAACAGUCAUCAGAAGGCACCAAGCCCUUAUCUAACCCUUCUAGUCCAGGCAUUACAGGAGUUGAUCUUUUGGUGGACCAACCAUUUUCCCUUGAAACACUGACGUCCAUGGUGGAACUGACCCGGUUUGAGACCUUGACGCCACGGUUUUCAGCCACUGUCCCUCCCUGUUGGGUAGAAGUCCAGCAAGAGCAGCAGCAGAGGCGGCAUCCUCAGCAUUUGCACCAGCAGCACCAUGGGGAUGCAGCUCAGCAUACUCGAACUUGGAAGCUACAAACAGACAGCAACAGCUGGGAUGAGCAUGUCUUUGAACUGGUUCUACCUAAAGCCUGUAUGGUUGGACACGUGGACUUCAAAUUUGUUUUGAAUUCAAACAUCACAAACAUUCCCCAAAUUCAAGUGACUCUACUGAAAAAUAAAGCUCCAGGCUUAGGGAAGGUCAAUGAAGCAGCAGUAGAUAGACAGAUCACAUUUCCUUUAUCUCCAGCUCAUAAUACUGAAGUGGAGAGGAAUGGAAAACCAGGACUGGCUGAAUUCAAUGAAGACAUGCAGUAUAUGGAUGUAGAGGAACCACAAUGCAUGGCUGGUGGCAAGUACCGCUCCUUUUUAAUUCACGUUAAAGCAGUGAAUGACAGAGGAACAGAAGAAAUCUGCAAUGGUGGCAUUAGACCAGUUGUUAGAAUACCAUCUCUAAAACCCCAGACUAACAAGGGCCAUUCCCUUGCUUCAUUGUUGGCAAAAGUUGCAGCAGGCAAGGAAAAGCCAUCUAGCAAAAUUGAAGCCACUAAUUCUUCAAGGAAAUCAGAUAAUCUGAGAGGCUGUGAUUUACUUCAAGAAGUCUCUGUAACAAUUAGAAGAUUUAAAAAAACUUCCAUUUCAAAGGAAAGAGUUCAACGGUGUGCCAUGUUACAGUUUUCAGAGUUCCAUGAGAAGCUGCUCGCCACUCUUUGCAAGAAGACAGAUGAUGGUCUGACUACAGAACAUGCUCAGAGCCUCGUACUAGACACACUUUGUUGGCUGGCCGGAGUGUAUUCAAAUGGACCUGGCAG